AUGUCGCUCCGCAUCCUGCUCAUCGGCAAUGGCGGCCGCGAGCACGCCCUGGCCUGGAAAUUGGCACAGUCGCCGCUGGUCGAGUCGAUUGUGGCCGUUCCUGGCAAUGGAGGCACCGCGCGCCUGAACAAGGUCUCCAAUAACACCGACGUGCGCCCGGACGACUAUCCGGGUCUGGUCGAACUGGCCAAAAAGCUGCGUAUCAACCUCGUCGUACCCGGCCCCGAGGCCCCGCUGGUUGAUGGUUGCGAGGGCUACUUCCGCGAAGCGGGCAUUCCCGUGUUCGGCCCCUCGAAGGAGGCCGCGCGCAUGGAAGGCAGCAAGACCUUCUCCAAGGACUUCAUGAAGAAGCACGGCAUCCCUACCGCCGCCUACGAGAACUUCAACGACUACCAGAAGGCCAGCGAGUACCUGAAGUCGGUGAGCCACCGUGUCGUCAUCAAGGCCACCGGUCUCGCUGCCGGCAAGGGCGUCAUCAUCCCCACGACGCAAGAGGAGGCCCAGCAGGCGCUGAAGGAAAUCAUGCUGGACAAGGCCUUUGGCUCUGCUGGUGAUGAGGUCGUCAUUGAGGAGUUCCUCGAGGGCGAUGAGCUGAGCAUCCUGUCGUUCUGCGACGGCCACACCAUCAAGUCGCUGCCGCCGGCCCAGGACCACAAGCGCAUCGGCGAGGGCGACACCGGCCUCAACACUGGCGGCAUGGGCUGCUACGCCCCGACCAAACUGGGAACUCCCGAGCUGAUUGCCCGCAUCGAGCGCGAGAUUUUGCAGCCGACCAUCGACGGCAUGCGCAAGGAUGGCUUCCCCUUCCGCGGCUGCCUGUUCACCGGCCUGAUGAUCACCCCUGACGGCUCGCCCAAGGUGCUCGAGUACAACGUGCGCUUCGGCGACCCUGAGACCCAGACCGUCCUCCCGCUGCUGGAGUCCGAUCUGGCCAAGAUCAUGUACGCCUGCGCCGGUCCGGUCCCCUACCUGCAAGAGGUCGAGGUCAAGGUGUCGAGCAAGUUUAGCGCGACCGUCGUGGUCGCUGCCCCCGGCUACCCCGAGUCCUACCCCAAGAACAUCCCCAUGCAGGUCGGCGAGGCCCCCGCCGGCAUUACCCUCUUCCAUGCCGGCACCAAGCUGUCAGGCGAUAACCUCCUGACCUCCGGUGGCCGCGUCAUCGCCGCCAACGCUGUCGGCGAGUCGCUGCGCGCUGCGGUCGACAAGGCCUACGAGGGCGUCAAGUUAAUCAGCUUCGACGGCAUGUACUACCGCCGCGAUAUCGCUCACCGCGCCUUCCGCAAGGGUGAUGACUCCAACAAGCUCACCUACGCCCAGGCCGGUGUCAGCAUCGACGCCGGCAACGAGCUGGUCGACCGGAUCAAAGCCGCGGUCGCCAGCACGCGGCGCCCCGGCGCAGACGCCAUCAUCGGCGGUUUCGGCGGCGAGGUGGACCUCUCCGCGGCUGGCUUCCCCGGCGCACCCAUCGUCGUCGGCGCAAUCGACGGCGUCGGCACCAAGCUGAUCAUCGCCCAGAAGAUGAACAAGCACGACACAGUCGGCAUCGAUCUGGUCGCCAUGAACGUCAACGACCUCGUCGUCCAAGGCGCCGAGCCGUUCAUGUUCCUGGACUACUACGGCUGCAGCAAACUCGACGUUUCCGUCGCGACCUCCUUCGUCGAGGGCGUCGCCAAGGGUUGCAUCGAAGCCGGCUGCGCCCUGGUUGGCGGCGAGACCGCCGAGAUGCCCGAUCUGUACCAGGGGGAUGACUACGACGCGGCCGGCGCCGCCGUCGGCGUCAUGCUCGCUUCGCAGCGCCUGCCCCGUAAGGAGGCCAUGCAGCCGGGCGAUGUCCUCCUCGGCCUGGCCUCGUCCGGUGUCCACUCCAACGGCUUCUCUCUCGUCCGCAAGAUCGUCUCCUCCCGCGGGCUGCAGUAUACCGACCCGUGCCCGUGGGACUCUACCCAAUCUUUGGGCGCUGCCUUGUUGACCCCGACACGUAUCUACGUCAAGCCCCUCCUGGCAGCCCUCAAGUCCCCUUCGGGCCCCGCGAUCCGCGGCAUGGCGCACAUCACGGGCGGCGGUCUCCUCGAGAACGUGCCGCGCAUGCUGCCUGCGCACCUGGCCGCCGAGAUUGAUGUGACCGCGUGGGAGUUACCCGGCGUAUUCAAGUGGCUUGCGCAGAGCGUCGAGCCGAGGGAGAUGGCUAGGGCGUUUAACACCGGCGUCGGUAUGGUUGUGGCCGUUGCGGCUGAUAAGGCGGAGGAGGUUAAGGCUGUGCUUGAGAAGGAGGGGGAGAAGGUUUAUGUUGUGGGUAAGCUGGUUGAGAGGAAGGAGGGCGAGGGGUGUGUGCUUAGGGGGUUGGAGAGGUGGGCUGCUUGA